AUGUCACCCCCUCCGGCAAAGAAACGCAGAACCUCACCUGAAGCUUCUGCACCAGCAGAUGCGGAAGAGCCCUCAUCAACGACGCAGGCCGACCAGCCCAGCGAGGACGGACAGCCCGCAGAGAAACAGGAUGCGACACCACAGGCAGACAGCAAGCCCAAGGCCACCGACCGCAUGGCGCGGUUCAAAGCCCUCCAAGCCCGGGCGAAGUCGGGCUCCGAGACCAACCUGAAGGAGGCGACGCUCGAGUCACAGCGGCUGGCGACCGACCCGGCACAGCUCAAGACGCUGCACCGCCAGCGCGACAUCGCAGCACACAAGCUCCUCAAGGCGGAGACUGAGGAAGCCGGCGAGGACUUUGAGCGCAAGCGCGCGUGGGACUGGACCGUCGACGAGAGCGAGAAGUGGGACAAGCGCAUGAAGAAGAAGGAUGCCCACCGGGACAACGUCGCGUUCUCGGACUACCGCCAGGAGAGCAACAGCGUAUACAAGAAGCAGCUGCGGAACGUCAACGUUGACAUGGAUAAGUACGAAAAGGACAAAAAGGCGCUCAUCGAAAAGGCGGCAGCGUCAGGCGGGUUGGACAUUGUCGAGACCGAGGACGGAGAGCUGGUCGCCAUCGACAAGGACGGGACCUUCUACUCAACGGCUGACUCGACGAACUUCACACAGAACAAGCCGGACAAGGCGGCUGUAGAUCGCCUUGUUGAUGAUCUGAAGAGAGCCGAGGAGCAGAGGCUCAAGAAGAGGAAAGAGAGAAUGGCAAAGAACGGUGAUGAAGGGGACACGACAUAUAUCAACGAAAAGAACAAGCAGUUCAACCAGAAGCUGGAGCGGUUCUACAACAAGUAUACGGCAGAGAUCAGGGAAAGCUUCGAGAGAGGUACGAGAAUAUGA